UCGACACGGACGCGCAGCGCUUCUUCGCUCGAAACGAUAACCUGUAAACGGUUAACGGUUAACGGCUAACGCUUAACUAUUCACUCUCACGGCCACCGGCUCGGUUUAAAUCUGGCUUAAAUUUCGCAUACAACAAAAAAUACUACUUUUGCGUACUAUAUUGUUUGUAGUGGAGUACCAUUCAUCUAAUGGAAUACCCGUUGAACUUACCCUAAGCCUUAUCCAAAACCUAACGUUCACCAAAACGGGAUAAAGAAGAUAACUAAAUUUCAGUGAGAGCGCCCACCUGACAAUUAGCAACUGCACGCACACGCGCCCCCACCGAAUCAUGACGAGCAUCUCGACGCUACUGCACAGGAGCCACAGUAACGGGUACACGAGCAGCGGGAGCAGCAAUCACAGCCACAGCAGUAGCCUCUCACCGCAGUUGCCCGGCCAGGGCCUGGGCCUGGGCCUGGGCAUGGGCAUGGGAAUGGGAGUCGGCAUGGGAGCCACCACAGCACCAUCACCACCACCGCCAACUGACCUCACCAUGCCGCCAGCAACUCCAGCUCCCUCUCCAACAGCCAAGCUGCAGCAUCAUCAGCAACAUCAUCAUAGCCACCCCACCUCGAAUUCCCAUUCAAAUUCUGGAUCGCAUCACAGCAGUCAUGACCACAUUAAGCGACCAAUGAACGCUUUCAUGGUGUGGUCGCGGGGACAGCGUCGCAAAAUGGCCCAGGACAAUCCCAAAAUGCACAAUUCCGAAAUAUCGAAGCGCCUCGGUGCCGAAUGGAAAUUGCUCACCGAAGGACAGAAGCGUCCAUUUAUCGACGAGGCAAAACGAUUGCGCGCCCUGCACAUGAAAGAACAUCCCGACUACAAGUAUCGACCACGUCGAAAGCCCAAGACACUCAACAAGUCCCCAGUUCCGGGCGGCGCAAAUGGUGGGGGGGUCUCUGUUGGUUCUGGUGGUAAUAACAGCAACUGCGGAACUCCUGGAGGCGUCUCUGGAGGAUCGUCAUCGUCCGUGACCAAGGACAUGCAGCCACAGCUUUCGCCGCUGGGCCAGACGUUGCCCCAUCUACAUGGCCACCAUCUGCAUCACCACCACCUCACGCACUCGCACCACACGCACCACCAGCACGCCCAUCCGCACCAUGUCCAGCUGGCGGCCGCCGCAGCAGCCAACACCCUGAGCGCCAAGUACGGCUUUGGGUCCCCCCUGGAGCUCUCCCUACCCCGCCUGCCCAACGUCUUCCCUGGCCUCGCACACGCCCACUACCCACUGGACCCGACCCUGGCUCUCGAUCUGCAGGCCCGCCUCCAGGCCAUGUACGCCGGCAGCAUCUACCAUCCGUGGCGCUACCUGCCAUUGAUCAGCCCCGAGACUCCACCCUCCCCGCCCAGCAGCAGUGGCACUGGCAUCUCGUCCUACGGCUGCGUAAAGUCGGCCAAAUCUUCGCCAGUCGCAGGAGUUGUUCCCCCCAGCGUGGCGACCACACCGCCGAACAUCAUUUGACCGACUCCAUUGCGCUUUGGCGCCGGCACUGCCGCUGAGCACGCGGUGUAAAUCUGGAGGAGAUCCCACUGAUGGUAGAGUAUACUGGCAUCACAUUCACCCACGGUCGGUCACCUUGCACCACCCAAAGCGAAAAAGUUUUCUUAGAUCCUAGUGCUAGUUGAAUCCUUGUGAGUUUUCCCUCGUCUUGACUGACCCCCAAGAAACUAAUCCUAUUAAAUCUUUUAAAUUGAAUAAAAUUAAUUUAUUUGUUA